AUGUCCCAAGUACAACAGCAAGAAGACAGCGCCGAGGAAUCCGAAGAGGAACUCGAGCCCUCACCACCCCCUCCCAACCCUACAGGCGGCCGCAAACCCGCGAAACUCGCGGCGCGAAAGGCAGCCAUGACAGAGCAAGCCUCUGCAUACGAUGAAAUACCCGCGCCCCUCCCCGGGAGAAGGAUUGGUCCCAUUCGUGAAUCGCGGAUCAAGGAUCGACCAGCGAAAGUGGGCGAGAAGGACAGCAGUUUGAAGAUCAAAAUUGAGCUGGAUCUGGAAGUCGAGGUAGAGCUCUAUGCACGAGUCAAGGGCGAUGUGACAAUCGGGUUGAUGUGA